AUGCCGUCCACUCCCACCCGCGAGCUUAGCCAACUCUCUCUCGGAAGUAGUAUGCCGCCGUCUGCUCGCUACCGCAGCCAUGCUUCCUCUCGAGGUCAGCCAAAGGAAGAAGUGUCGAGUUCAGAAGACGAGAGCGACUCCGGAGGCUCCAUGUCAGAUGACGACAGCGACAGCGAAGGAAACUCCCCCGUGGUUCGCUCCCCAACUAGGCUCACUUACAGGAUCGGCGGACUACAACCUGAAGUCCAGAGCGCUGUCCGCGAUGCCUUCGAAGAUCCACCAAAGAUAACCCUCCAGUACUGUCGUUUAAAGGACGACGUUUAUGCCUUCCAGAUGACUGAGCUGACCCUCUACAACCACGACUCCGACACACCCCUGACCCUCACACCUGCCGGGUACCCGGCCGAGAUUGGCCACCCGUUUAACGACAUUUCCAACUUCCACCUCGACCUCCUCGCCGAAAGCCUCCACUGCGAAGUCGUCGACGACACGGACUCGGACGACGAAGACGACCUAAACGACUACCGCGUCCUCGAGGCCCGAGAACUUCUCGCCUCCAUCGCCGCCGUGCCCCCAGAAAAGUUCCGCCCAGACAUCUUCUCCAACCCCCGCCGAGGCAAGAAGCCCCUCAAGCGAGGCGACCUAGAACGCACGCUCUUCCGCAUACUCCUCGAUAACAACGAGCUCUUUAACUACCUCCUCUCCCUCACCCGCUCCACCGACCCUAUCAAAGACCCCUUUCGCAAGCUCUCCCAGCGCGUAACCCGCGUCCUUGCCGAGCUAGACGAGUACUGCGAGAACCCGUCCUCUCCACAGUUCGCGUCUUCCGGCUCCGAAACCCCUUGUAACGUGGGCUGGGCUGCCCACCAUAUCCUGGGCAUCGUCUCCGCCAUCCGCGCGGCGAUUUUCCCUCCCCAUACUUCCUCCCCUGCCCAGCGCGUCGCUGCCGCCCGAGCCCUCGUCCGCAUCCUCUCCAACGUCUCGGAUCGGAAUCGCGAUGUCCACCCGGGCGCCAACCCCUCGGAUCGGAACCUGUACGCUCGCCUCAUCGGCACUCAAGACGAUGGCUUCAUCAUCUCGAUUCUUGCCCAUCUGCCCGAAGCCGCCUCCCAGUUCCUCCACAACCUGGAAGUGGUCCAGGAUCGCCUGGGCGUCCAUGGAGCUCCGCCAUCGUACAUCAAGAAGUUCAAUGAUCUUAUUACUACACUCAGGGGCUUUCCGCAGCCGGGGAGCAGCCGGUCCUCUCCAGGUGGCGCUGGCUCCAAGAGACACAGUCAGGGUCCAGGCUCGAGUCGAGAUACUAAGAGGGCCAAGUGA